UAGAAAUAAUAACAACAAUAUUAUUGACAAUAAAUUAAUUCGAAAUCAAAGAACUGGUACUAUCCAAAGAAAUGGUGAUCAUCAACUUUCUGUAGCUGAUAUCAUAGAUUAUAAUCUUGACGUGGUAAGAAAAGUCAAUCAACUGGACAUCAUUACUCUUGUGAAACAAACGAGUUUUAUAAUUGUUUGA